AUGGAUAGCAGUGUUGAUCCUGUUAAGGUGGCGGAUUUUAUGCUUCCUGAUUAUCCCAGAUGGGAUGAGAAUAAAGGAGUUAGACUUGUUGUCGAGAAUGGGUGGAGCAAUGUGUUAAUAGAAGGAGAUACUAUCUCGGUAGUGAACAAAUUGACUAAUCGAUCUAUGAACAAGACCCAGGACCUCUCUACAAUUGGAUUGUUGCUCAAUGAGGCUCGCUCCCUUCUUGAUGACUCUCCAUCCUUCAAAGUUCACUAUGUUUGUAGGGAAGCGAACAGAGUGGUCCACUCGCUGGCUCAAUCGGCUUUAUCGAACCAUAAUCCGGUUUGGUUUUUCCUGGAUGAACCUGAAUGUAUUAAGCAACUUGUUAUCUUUGAUGCUAUUGGAAUAUAA